GCACCCUGCAACGCCGCGCCGUGAUGCACACGCCCCGCCUCCGUGCACGCGCCCGCCGCCGCCCUCCCCCCUCGUGCACGCGCCCGCCGGUGCAGGAGGAGGAGGAGGAGGAGGCCGAAGCCGAAGGAGGCCCGCCGCGAUGGACAGCACGGGCAAGGAGCGGGAGGCCGUGCAGCUGAUGGCGGAGGCCGAGAAGCGGGUGAAGGGCUCCCACUCCUUCCUGCGGGGGCUCUUCGGGGGCAACACCAGGGUGGAGGAAGCCUGUGAAAUGUACACCAGGGCUGCCAACAUGUUCAAGAUCGCCAAAAACUGGAGCGCUGCAGGAAAUGCGUUUUGUCAGGCGGCCAAGCUGCACAUGCAGUUGCAGAGCAAACACGACUCGGCCACCAGCUUUGUGGAUGCUGGGAACGCCUACAAAAAAGCAGACCCACAAGAGGCCAUCAACUGCUUAAAUGCAGCUAUCGAUAUCUACACUGACAUGGGGCGAUUCACUAUUGCUGCCAAGCACCACAUCACCAUUGCGGAGAUCUACGAGGCUGAGCUGGUAGACAUUGAAAAGGCGAUUGCACACUACGAGCAGGCUGCGGACUAUUACAAAGGAGAGGAGUCUAACAGCUCAGCCAACAAGUGUCUGCUGAAGGUGGCUGCCUACGCCGCGCAGCUGGAGCAGUACCAGAAAGCGAUAGAAAUCUAUGAGCAGGUUGGAACAAACACGAUGGAUAAUCCUUUGCUCAAGUAUAGUGCGAAAGAGUAUUUCUUCAAAGCCGCUCUGUGCCACUUCAUCGUGGAUGAGCUGAACGCGAAGCUUGCACUUGAGAAAUACGAAGAAAUGUUCCCAGCGUUCACAGAUUCACGGGAGUGCAAGCUAUUGAAAAAACUGCUGGAAGCCCACGAGGAGCAGAACUGCGAGGCGUACACCGAGGCAGUUAAAGAAUUCGAUUCAAUAUCGCGGUUGGAUCAGUGGCUUACAACCAUGUUGCUUCGCAUCAAAAAGUCAAUCCAAGGAGAAGGGGAUGGGGACCUGAAGUGAAUUGUGCGGUAUUUGUGGCAUGCAGCCUAAGUAAUCUGUUCUUGUGUUAUAGCCAAGGACCACUAUGGGAUACAUGAUAAAAUAUCUAGCUUUAUUUUGUUGCUUACAAAUCCAAUGAUUUGUGUGUUUCGUUAGUAUCCUGCUCUUUGUCGUGACAACAUGGGUAGAUGAGAAGCGAUGCUCUGGGUAUCACUGGCAGAUCUCUCUGAGGCAAAAGAAGUACUUCUGGCAGAAAUCCUUUCUUGGUUUUGUUAGCUGAUGAACCCAAAGUCUGCACUUGCAACUACUGCUUUUUCCUGCUGUUCUGUCUUAAGGCUCAAUACUAUCGAUUACAGCAUGUAAAUAUUUUGUCUGUGCUAGUACAGUACAAAUAAUUGCUUCUGAGCUGUUGCUGUAUUGUUACUGUUUUCUGUUUCUAAAUGGACCUCUGUCAGAUAGACUUGGAUCUUGUUUUUUUUUUUUUUUAAAAUGAUUGAGCUUUUUUAAUGGUGCUAGUGAAAGGCUUUGUGACUUACAUACAGUAUGCGUGUGUAUACAUCCUAUACAGAUACAUGUGUGCACCUAUAAAUACAGAAUAGGUAAUGACCUUGUGCUGAAAGCAUUACACGCUAGGGGACAGGACUGCUGAGAUCGGUGUUAGCCCUCCGGACAGUUGUUGCGAGUAGACCUAGUUAAUGGUGUAUUUUGUAUUUCAGAUCUAAAUAUAAAAUGUAAGGUUCCUCUAUAUUUUCUUGGAUCUAUUUUUCCACUUCCUUUAUUUUGUGGUGCGUCCCAUCCCUCCUACCCCGAGAUGACUUGACCCGAGUAAUAAUCUAUUUUUCUAACUUUUCAUUUACACGAACUCCUGCUGCCGUCUCUACUACAGGUCUUUUGUGUGUGCCAGGCAAUACCCGUUAGUUUCUGACCUCUGCUGUUGGCGAAGCUGCCUCGUUCUCGUGACGUGCAAAGGUGUUGACUGAGACUUGCUGUUAUACAGAAACUUUAAGUCAUCUGGGUGAGAUGAAUCGAGCUUGCUUUGAAAAGGUGUAGAUGCGUUUAAAAAUUCCUGCAGUAAUUUUAGAAAGGUGUUUUAAAAUGUCUGCAAGCAAGGCUCUUCUGUGCAAUGCUUUGUUUAAUGAGCGAUGAUUAAGCUACCUAUUAUUUUGUGUAUAUAUUAAGAGGGACUUGGGAGCCUAUGCAAUUUGUUGGGAGAAGGGGAGUUGUCACUCAGUAUUUCUCUGCAAUGAAGAGAUUUUUCAGCUGUGCUACUGACAUAUAAAGAAUGAAAAAGUAAUUAAUUAACUGCUUUAUUUGGCACAACUGCUGUUUAAGUGGGCCCUCCUCCAUGGCCAGAGCAGGAGUAUCACAGUAGUGCCCAGCACGGACUCUGCCCGUUGUUUGUGAUGAAGCAAUACUCUCUGGCAACCAAAAUGCUGGCUUUUGCACUUCUCUUCAGUUUGUUUUUAAUCUAGAUAUUUGAGUAGAACACAGUCUGGCUUAUUGGUCUAAAGGGUUUAGUUCUAUUGAAGUGGUACUUUACCACUGGCUUAUGGAAAAGAAAACGCUCCUGGUACAUGCCAAAUUAUUUUUUUGUGUUCCUGACUGAUCUCACUGGUCACUUAUUUUCCAUAGACUAUUCUGUGCAUCCUAACUUGACAGGAAAGACCCAUGAGCUGUGCAAAACUGGCAAGGUGAGUGCAUUGAAAAAGCCUGGACGAUGCUCCUUCUUCUAAGCAACUUCACUUUCUUCAUUUCUCAGAUGUGUUUUUAAGGCUACUGCUCGUGAUCGACCUCUGUCCGCAACAAAACCAUCACUUUAACUUAGACCACCAUGCGUUGUGUCUGUCCUUACCACAAACUUGGCAAAGAAAUACUUUCAGUUCCAUUUAGCCUGGGGUUGGGGUCUGGGUCCUCCUGAGAUGCUCAGAGAUGGGCGCACACCUCAGCUCAUCAGAAAGGAGGAAUGACUGACGUUUUCUAAGGGUGUCCCGUUCCUGUAGCAGAGUUCUUUGCACGCUUGUGCCACCUCCACAGGGCAGAGAAAACACUGGGCUUAGGACGCAGCUGGCAUGGUACGUAGGUAAUCUUACUGCAAAAAGAUGGAUUAGCUGCAGAUUUGAUCUCGUCUUGGACAAGAGGGCCUAAAGAUGUAACUGCUGCUGAACUCACCUGUGGUAAAAGGAUGGGGUUGGAACCCUUUUUGUUUAAUUUACCUGUUUUCUUAGCGAGCAAAGACCCAUUGUAUUGACGGGUUUGUCUUGACUUGUAUCCAACACCUUUGGAGCCUUGGUGAGGGGAAGCGCAGGCUGGGCGGUUUACUUUUCCUAGCGUCACACAGAACUGAGGCGAGUGUUUUAUGCCUUUUUUUGUUCACUUUUCCAGUUGUCAGUAUUAGGCACAGUUGUGAUAAGAUGUGUAUGGAGCUGGUGGACCAGAAGACCGUACCUGUGGGGUUGUGUGGUCUGUUGCUGUGCUCUGGAGUAAUCUCAUUAAAAUACAAAUGUUAGUUCUGUAUAAGUAGGCUACACAGCAUGUCCUCCGGUGUAUCAGUGGUAAAUUGUGACAGUUUUAAAAUGAUGAUCUGCCACUCUGCUGUAUUUUCCCUCCAGUACACAAUUCUGUACUAUGAAAACUUAUUAAUGAAAUGGCCUUAGCAAGAAUAUAAUGUUUUGUGUGAAUCUGUACAUUAAUAAAGUGAAAACCAUGAAUGUAA